AUGGAAACUAUAGAAAUGAUAACAUUUAUAGAUUUAAUGGAAAUCAGUUUAAUAAGAAAAAAGAUACUUCAAAAAUUAUCAACAUUUUGUGAUAUUAGUAAUCUUGCCAAAACUUCCAAAUAUAUGGAUUAUUUAAUUUACCAUGAAAAAAUUAGAAGAGAUAUGUUUCGUUAUUUUGAUGAACAGUAUAUUUUAAUUAAAACUAAAGGAAAUCCAGAAAUUAAAGAUAUACAAAAUUUGCAUAAUAUUAAUUAUUUAAAGGAUGAAGAAUUUUGUAAAGAAUUAGAAACUGUUCAAAAUUUUAAUGGUGAAACUAUUACUUUUAAAAAUGAGAUUACUUUUGAAAUUGUAAAUACAUUAGAAAACAUUAAUGCUAAUUUAAUUGACAUGUUUAUCAAGAGAUUAAUUAUUGAAGCAAAUAUUAAUUGUAGUUUUAGAAAACAUGUAACAAGUAUUGAAUUUAAAAUAGAAGAUAUUUCAUUUAGUCAAAACAACCAUAAUUUAGUUUUACAUACAAUAAGUUACAUGAACCAUCAAAAUAUAAAACGUAUAAAAAUUCCUGAUAUUGUUUUUAUGUCUGAUGUUCAAAAAUAUGACAAUUUAAAAACUGAGAUUUUUGGUGGUUUUCCAAAGUUUAAUGAAUUAAUAAUUACCGUUGUACAUAUUCAAGCUGGAUUUAUAAGAUUAAUAAAAAAUAAAUGUAUUUUGGAAAAAAUUUUAAAAGAAUUAUCAAGAAGAAAAAAUGCAACAUUAACUUUAGAAUGUUACUCUGAUGAAUAUAAUAUAUUUAUUAAUUUAGCUUAUAUGAUUCAAAAAAUGGCUACAAAAUAUCAAAUUAAAGUUAAAUGUGACAUUGGUCAUAUUAUUCCUUUAUUAAAAAGAAGACGUGAUCUUAUCUGUUCCACUGAAAGGUGUGUACUUUAUCCAAUUGAAAAUAUUGUAACAUCUUUUUUUAAUUACAUUAGUGGUUUUUCAAUGUUUAUGGUUGUGAUAAAAAAUUUACAACAUUUUAUUAAUGUAGAAAAGAUAGAAAUAAGAAUAUCCCUACUUAAUAUAAGAGAAGAAAUGAAAAAAAAGAAUUUAUCUGAUUUAAGUAUUUUAUCAUUAAAACAAUGUAAUAAGUUAAGAAAAAUAAAAAUCGAAUUUUUGGAAAAUUUUAAUGAUAUUGAAGAUUGUAAUAAUGAAAUACUUUAUGAUGACUUACAAUUUAUUGUUUCAAUAUUGCCUAAAUGUAUUGAAAGAGUAGAAUUAUGGAAUAUUCCUAAUUUAACUAAAGAUGUAAUGAAAAGAUUAAAUGAAUGUCUACCAAAUAUAAAAAUACUAGUAACUUGGGAAGUAACAUUUAAAGAUUUUGACUGUCUUAGUAUUUUAAAAAAUUUAAAAGCAUUUGUUUCAUAUCAAAAUUUUUUUAUUCAUAUUCCAGAUACAAUAAAACUUCUUGCCAUUGGAAGUAACAAUUGUUUAGAGGCUGAUGAUACUAAAAAACUUUUAUCCCAACAACUUAUAAAAAAAUAUUCAGAAAGAUUUUCAAAACGUGUUCAAAGUUCUCGUGGAAGGUUUAUUUUCUUUAAUGAUAUCAAACAAUGGAAAAAAUAUAAAAGAUUAUUUCAAGAUAAUUUUUAUUUCUUUUGUUAA